GUCUGAGAGGAUCUUUGCACCGGCUCGGCUUUGGCGUCGCCCAGGAGGGAAUUUGACUGGGUAUGUAGACGGGCAAUGUGCAGAUGUUGGUUGAUGCUUGUUUGGAUGUGGAUGUGUGUAGACAGAUGCUAAACAUCGGUUGUCGGUUAUUUUUUUGAGUUUAUAUUGUGGGUCUGAGUUGGAUGAAGUUGGAAAAUGCGAAUUGGCCAACUCCGACCCAUCACCACCACUAAACCACCAGCCAACAAAGCUUAUCUCAAAAAAACAACAACAACCUCAAGAAAAAGGGAAACACUCCGGAUGCCAUCCUGGUUCAGCAGCUCACUCAAACGAAGCCACAACAGCAACAAUGAACACCAACAACUACCACCAACACCAACACCAACCCAACCACCACCACCCAGUCUGAAAGCCAGGAAACUCAAAGAACAAGCAUGGCAGGAAGCAAUCCAACACCAGCAGACAACAACACCCAACAGACAACUCCAACAACAUCCUACAGCCAUCAACUCAUCCCUAGCCAUCAAGUACAACCCACACCAACAACCACGAUUCAGCAACCACACUACACACACUCCAACCCAUCGGGCCUCAUCCUCAACCUCCUCCUCAACAUCUCCCUCAUGGUCUCAACAGCAAUACACCCCCCAAAACAACAACAACAACAACAACAACCACUCAGAGGAGGUCGAAGUACUCACCCAAUCACUCGCUCUCAGACUCCAAGAACUGGCCACCGCAAACCAUGACGGACUGCUCGAUGACGACGAAUACAGGACCCUCAGGAAGGGCUUGUUCGACCAGAUUAAUGCUAGUCAUCAGCAACCCGUCCUCAUCGAACGCUCCUCUAAUCUGCUGCCAAACUCUUCCCCAAUCGCCCCUUCCUCCUUCGGCGACUCUCCUAUUAAGUCUCAACAAAUACCCAAUCAAUGUUACUCGCCCGACCCUAAAUCGAUUCACACGAAUGACCGACGAUCCCAGUGCGAUGCACCUACGCUAAGGUCUGCGCGAUCGUCGCGCUCGACGUCGUCAUUUCUGCAGAUGAUAUUUCGCCGGCCAUCGCGCCAGGGAGGGAUGAAUGGGACGGAGACGAUGGCCGGGGAUCAGAGCAUGUAUGACCACCGCUUAUUACGGACGGCAUCGAGUCGGGCAGGAUCGGUGCAUUCAGCAAUGCAGUCAGACUCGUGUCAGUCCAGUCUGUUCACCAACCCAUCGGCCUUCGGGGAUGCUGGGACAGGGAUGCGGAUGAGCAGCAACGGACAACUGUCGACCACCAUGCGGCUCUCCUCUACAGCCCCCGGUGAACUCUCCUCGCCUAGCACCCGUCGGACCGAGUCGCCGUUCGACUCCUCGCCUCUCCCAAGGCGGGCUCCCUCCCGGUACAUGUCUGCCAGUCCCUCGCCCCGGACGAUCAACGACCAUCAACUCACACCCGCCCAGCAACAGCAACAACAGCAACUCCUGCUCCAGCAGGGCAAGCUUGGCGGGGCCCAGGAUUACCGGCAGAUCGAGUGGAGCUCGACGGAGAUCAAGCAGGAGAUCGACGAGCUCGAGCUCGAGUGCGCCAAGCUGCUCCAGACGUUCGACGAGAUGGAGAAGACGCUCUUGGCCAAGUACCGGGCCGUGCCGCGUGCAGGGCCCGGGGGACCGGUGACCAAGUUCGAGGAGCUCGACCAGCUCAUGCUCCUCAACAACAACAACCAACAACAGGGCCAAGGCCAGGCUGGCAUGGGCUCGCCGAUGCUCUCCGGCUCCUCAACAGCUACGCCGGGCCUCCCCGAUCAUAUGGUCCUCUCCGACGACGCCCUCGCCCGUCGCCAAUCUAGCCUAAGACCCACCUCCUUCCUCGCCCCGCUCCUCAACCCUCGCUCGUUCAAGCCCAAGACCAGGUCGAUCUAUCGCGACUUACGUCCGGCCUCUAAUUCCCUCCACCAACGUCAACCCUCGCUCCUCUCCUCUCUCUCCACAAACGAAAACUCCUCAAACACCUUCUCCACUACUAUUACUACUACUUCUUCUUCUUCAACGACUACUCAUCCUACAGAUAAUAGUCGCGCCAUCCUCCUCCACAACGAGCAGAUCGACAUCCUCAGGUCCGACCCCAACCAGGAAUCCGAACUCAACGUCGAACUCACCUUCAUCGCUAACUCGAGACUCAAAGUCGCGGCGAAAUACCAGGACCGACUCGUCUAUCUUCGCGCUAAAUUGAAGGGCGCUCUCAUCCGCGAACUCUCCUCUUAAUCCUCCUUCGACGUCUUCUAUUCUUAAUUUAUCUUUCUUCGUCCUCAUCCUAUCUUCUUCUUCUUCUUCUUCUUAUUGGAGGUAUUGUCAGAGAACGUAACGAAAACACAUUUUUUUGUUUUCUUUGGUCAUUGACCAAUUAAUCAACCAACCACUCCCCCUCUGCCCAUCCGCUUUUUCUUUAAAAGAAGCCCAAGAACGUCCUCCCUUUCUCUCUCUCCCAUCCCACCCGAGUAUUGCUACAUUAUGAUCCCUGCUUCUUCAUUUUUCAUGCACCUCUUAAUAGCUCCCAUCCUCAUCUUCUUCCCUCCAACACUUGCUUGACCCAUCCCUUUUUUUGGUUUUCAGUCUCUGUUUUUUUAUACUUCUUUUUUUGAGUUGAAUUUGUUGUUGUUUUUUGUUAUUCCAUUCCAUUUCUUUGAAGAAGAAGAAUUCUGAUAUAUAUAUAUAUACAGAUGAAAGGUUACUAGAACAUAUGCAUAUUGUAUAUACAUAUGUAUUUUUUGCGGACAUUUUCAUUGUUUUUUCAAGUACACACACAAGAAUACAUUUAAUAUUGUGACUUGCUCAUUGUUUUUGAUCAUCUUUACAAACAUGUGGUUCAAUUUGCUGGGAGUUUUUUUUUGUUCUUUCAAAGGGUUUUUUAGAGGAUCUAAA